AUGAUAGAAAUUUUACAAUCUGAUAUUAUGGAAAGAAAGGAAUAUGUUAACAUAUGUCCAGAUAGUGAUACUUCCGCCCUUGUGUUCCAUUUCUUAUCUUUCAAUGGGGGAGGAGGACUAAUUAUUAAAAAACCUAUCGCUUGA